AUGGAUCAGUGUAGUAAUUGUCUUAGCAGACAUCGGUGCUUGAAGUGGGAGAAACUAAGAAGAAGCAAGCUGAUUCUUGCUAUAGAAGUUCAACAGACUCAGCAGAUAACUUUGUAUGACUGUGAUGAGCCCCAGAUUGCAAAACUGCUAAGCGUUUUCUUCAGACAAAUUAACCUUUGCAAAGUCCUUUGUCAGUGUUGUGGAGGACAGGUGGUAAAAGGAAGAGAGCAGAGUGAGAGAUACAACGUCGGAUGCUCUUCGAAUAGUCCAGAUGAGAGAUUAGUAGGACCAGAAUCAGGACGACCUCACUUCUUAUCAUUCUUAGGAGAUGGUACACCAUUGUGCCUGGUUGGAAGCACCACUCACAGUUUCCUUUUCGGAGCACUGGCUGAAUUGCUGGACAAUGCAAGAGAUGCAGGGGCUGCAAGACUUGACGUGUUUUCAGUGGAUAAUGACGAACUGCAGGGUGGAUUCAUGUUGUGCUUCCUGGAUGAUGGAUGUGGUAUGAGCCCUGAGCAAGCUUCAGAUAUCAUUUACUUUGGAACAUCCAAGAAACAGUUAUCAACUUCGAAGUUUAUUGGGCAAUAUGGCAAUGGUCUUAAAAGUGGAUCCAUGAGGAUUGGAAAAGACUUUAUUCUUUUCACAAAGAAGGAAGAAAUGAUGACCUGUGUGUUUUUUUCUCAGACAUUUUGUGAAAGAGAAGGUCUAAGUGAGGUUGUGGUUCCAAUACCUUCGUGGUUAACAAGAACUAGAGAAUCUGUCACAGAUGAUCCUCAGAAAUUCUCAACGGAAUUGUCUAUAAUUUAUAAGUAUUCUCCAUUUAAAACCAAAGCUGAAUUGAUGCAGCAGUUUGAUGUGAUCUAUGGGAAAUGUGGUACUUUGCUGGUUAUUUAUAACUUGAAGCUUCUGCUUAGUGGAGAACCUGAGUUGGAUGUUAAAACUGACAAGGAAGAUAUACUGAUGGCUGGAGCUCUUGAAGAUUUUCCAGAGAGAUGGUCAUUCAGAGCCUAUACAUCUGUUCUGUAUUUUGACCCUCGGAUGAGAAUAUUCAUUCAGGCCAAAAGAGUUAAAACAAAAUACCUAUGUUAUUGCCUCUACAGACCCAGGAAGUAUCUGUACGUCGCAUCUUCUUUUAAAGGGACAUUUAAAAAUGAAGUUAAAAAGGCAGAAGAAGCAGUAAAGAUAGCUGAACUCAUAUUGAAAGAAGCACAAAUCAAAGGAAACCACUCUGACAGAACUUCUUUGUCUUCUCCUGCCAAGGAUGUAUUACAGAAAGCUUUGGAAGAUGUAAAAGCAAAGCAGAAGAUUCUUCAAGAGAAACGGAGAGAAUUGAAAAAAGCAAGGACACUCACCCUGUUCUUUGGUGUGAACAUAGAAAACCGAAGCCAAGCUGGGAUGUUCAUUUACAGUAAUAACCGCUUGAUCAAAAUGCAUGAGAAAGUGGGCCCACAGUUGAAACUGAAGUCGUUACUUGGUGCAGGUGUGGUUGGAAUUGUUGAUAUACCCUUGGAGAUCAUGGAACCAUCCCAUAAUAAGCAGGAAUUUCUCAAUGUCCGAGAGUAUAAUCAUCUUCUGAAAGUUAUGGGACAAUACUUGGUCCAUUACUGUAAGGACACUGGAAUCAGUAAUAGAAAUCUAACAUUGUUUUGGAAUGAACUUGGAUACCUGAAUAAUAAGGACAUGGAGAAAUCUUCAGAUUCUAUUCAAUAUCAAAGAAGACGGGCCAUGGCCAUCCCAUUCAUUAUUCAGUGUGAUCUUUGCCUUAAAUGGAGAGUCUUGCCUCCCUCUACUAAUUAUCAGGAAAAAGAAAUUUUUGACAUCUGGAUUUGUGCUAAUAACGCUAACCUCUUGGAAAACAGUUGUCAUCAGACACAACGUCUACCUUCCAUCCCCCUGGGCACUGCGAGCACAGUAUCACCAUCAAAAAAUGAGAAAGACAAGCAACUUCAAGAGUCAGUCCAGAGGUAUCAGAAUCGACUGGCAGAACCUCAUCGACAGCCUCAGUUUAUACCAACAAGUAGGAUCACUGAGUUCACUACCACCUGCCAAACUUCAGCACCUAAGGGAAAUACGAAAAUUCAGAGAAUCAGACCUUCCGGUGAUGACUUGAAGCAUGAGUCUCUUUCAUCCUUUGAGCUUUCUGUCAACCAUAGAGGCUGGAAAAGUAACACAGGAGAGGCGGAUUCCGAUUCAGAGUAUGUUUCAGAGACUAAAAUUACGAAGAAGCCUAUGCAGAAGAAAGUGAAACCUCAACAGUGGAGACAUCCAGCCGCCCUGCUGGAAAAUGUCAAACUAGCUGAGAGAUCCCAGAAAAGUCAGGUUGCUAAUAUCAGCACUGAAGGACUCCUAAAGGACACCUCUGCCUCUUCCUGGGAAAUGAAGAGGAAACAGAGACAAAACUCUGUGCAGGAAUGUAAGGCUCUGAUUGAAGUUGAAACCAGCAACAGCAAUUUGGAUAUAAUCCAGGUUUUAGAUGAAAGUGACACUGAUGUUUCACUGAAGCAAGAAGAAAAGGAGGUUUCUCGUAUGAAAAAAGAAAACCAGGAGCUGUGCAGUGAUACUCCAGAAAUAAAGAGAAACCCUUCAUCACCUAACUGGGAAAGUGUGCCAGUGGAAGAUUUAAAUUCAAGUUCUGGAUACAAAGCCAGAGUGUCUGUGAGGGAUGGUUGUAAAGUUGCUUCUUCACUGACAACAUCUUCUCAAAGCACAUCUGUCAAGGAAACAGUAAGAAAACUGACAUCUAAUUUAAGGGAGAUUCUUCUGUAUUUUUUCCCUGAGGAUUGUCUACCAUCAGAAUUUGUCCACACAUCUCUGGAGGAAGUUACAACAAGUUUGGAGCUGGAGCAAUGCCCAGAGCAGACAAACAAAAAGCUGAAAAUGUGUUUCAACCAGAUCCAUAAUGUUUACAUGGUCCAAUAUGAAAAAAAACUAAAGAAAACCAUGCAAUCCAUUGUCUAUGAUACAAACAGAAGAGCAGUGGUUAAUGAAGUAUCCCUGGGACAAUGUGAAAAAAAAAGAAAAAUCACUGAAGACAAACUGAAUAAUCUUCGUGUGAAACUGACAGUAUUAUUGCAGAAACUUCAGCUGGGUGGUCCAGCAGGAGACCUGGAGCAGAUUGACAGUUAUUUAGAAGCUUUGCUUAAAGAAGAUAAUUUCCUUUUUCAGCAUUUAAAUAAAGUGACUGCAGAAACCAUUUCUAGAGUUCUCUAA